UCCCAACACACUGAAAAUAUAAAUAAAUUAACUGAGUUUCUGUUAAAAAAAUUAAAAUGUAUACCAAAAUACUAAAGUACAAAUAUAAAAACUCAAAAGAACGACAUUGGACAACAAUACCAACACAACAGUAAAUACUUAACAUAAUAUUUAUUAAACGAAAAACCUCGAUGAUAACGGCCAAACAUCGAUGUUUCCAAAAUUUAUAAAAACAUCGAUGCAUCGAUGUUUUCAUCCACUGAUUCGAUAUCGCUAUCGAUAGACCGGCCGUCAAAAAAACAAACCAACUACAUAAAACAAAACAACAUUCCGGACAAGUUUUAACAGAAUUAUUAAAGAAAUGGAGCGAAACAAAAUGGAACAAGGAUUCAAGAACGACGAUAUCGAAGAGGAGGAGAAUGCAGACAUGCUAUUCAGACCGCAAAUCUAUGAUGAGGAAUUGGCCCUGGAGCGGGAAGAACAAGAGCUCGAGGAAUGGAAUCUGAAGAACCAAAACUUACUAGGCGGAACCGCGUUCUUCAUCUGCAGACACUGUCCGGAGGUAUUCUUUAGCAAGAUGGAACUAGCCGCCCAUCGCCCUGUUCACCGGCUCAAAAGUGGACGGAGGAAAUCCACCUUGGAGUUAACCUGCGAGGACUGUGGAAAGGUCUUUCAAAAGCGCAACGCCCUCGUGGAUCACAUGAAUGCCCACCAAAGCCAGCGAAACUAUCCGUGUCCUGAGUGUCCGGCUCGCUUUGUGCAACGCAGCAACAGGGAUUGCCAUGUAAAAAAUAUUCACAGGAAAGAGUACCUGCACUCCUGCCCGAAUCCCGGCUGCGAAAGACGUUUCGAGCAGAAGCGGGAACGGGAUCAGCACGUGAAAACAGUCCACCGGAAGGAGAAGGACUUUGUUUGCGCUGAGUGCAAUGCCAGUUUUAGCCAUCCCGUAAAUUACCGAAAACACUUGGCUUCCCACAGCUCAGAGAAGAAGUACGAUUGUCCAAUUUGUCGAAAGCUCUUUGGACGCGCCGAAAACAGGGAUAUUCAUCUCUUUGUCCAUAGUAUUUGUAAGGCCUAUGUUUGCUCCGUUUGCGGAGCAGACUACAUGCGUCGCACUCAGUUGAUUCGCCAUAGUAAAGAGCGUGGUCAUUUGAACGACCCGAUUGUUCGACAAAAGCCUCAGUUCAGUCCGGGCCUUGCCCAGAGACCCAUUGGGAUCAGCGGUCAGGUCCAGAAAGCUGCCCAUCUGGAGGAUGUGGAGUGGUCGCCGGAAGAGGAUGCGAAGUUUCAAUGCCCAGAUGAGGAGGCUAGCCCUGGGUCCAUUAGGAAGGUCCAUAAUGGUAGAACUGAUCAAGCGGCAAGAAUAAGCGUCAUUUGCGAUUCAACUCCUCAAAGUGACGGUUCGGAGUGCGAGCUAAAAAUUGUGAAAUUCGGGAAAUUAAAGGAAUUGAAAAAGUUUAACAAGGUUCUACUCAAAUAGUGAUAAUUGGACUAUGUAAAUGGCUUAAAGUUGCGCGGAUAUGUGGUUUUCGCAGCUUUUUACGCUUUUCCCCCGACCCCUCUAAAAGAAGAAGGUGAAAGGAAGCAAGAAAAUUGCGCACUUUGCCAACGAAGAAGAGAGAAAGAUGAACAGAAAAACCGACGCCUGAAUAUCCCAAACAGAAAAAACGGCAAGAAUAAGCGUCAUUUGCGAUUCAACUCCUCAAAGUGACGGUUCGGAGUGCGAGCUAAAAAUUGUGAAAUUCGGGAAAUUAAAGGAAUUGAAAAAGUUUAACAAGGUUCUACUCAAAUAGUGAUAAUUGGACUAUGUAAAUGGCUUAAAGUUGCGCGGAUAUGUGGUUUUCGCAGCUUUUUACGCUUUUCCCUAAAAGAAGAAGGUGAAAGGAAGCAAGAAAAUUGCGCACUUUGCCAACGAAGAAGAGAGAAAGAUGAACAGAAAAACCGACGCCUUCGCAUCCCAAACAGAAAAAAGUGAGUAUUGAAUUAUUAAUAUCUGGUUUCAAAUUUGAAAUGUGUUUAGUGCGGGUCUACAGAUCUAAGAAAAUGAAAUAAUUUAUUUUGUGUUUAUUUUCUGGUUACCUUUUUACCAAGUUCGGCCACUGUGCGAGUCUUAGCGACUUUACAGCGCCACUCAAGUUCAAGUGACACUUUUUAAUAUCGCAUUUCUGUGCGACCACGCCCAAUCGCCCUCCUCUUUUGGCCCUGCCUUUAAAGUUAAUGUUGUUGUUAUUUGGUGUGUUUUCCAUGUAACUUUUGCCCAUUUUUCCCCCUUCUCUUUGGUCUUACUUCUGCCCAAAAAAAUCACCUUAAUUUAUGCGUAAAUGGCAUUUAAUUCACAGCAGCACACAUCCACAUCUUUCACCUUUAUCCAGUUGCACACGCUCUUCGCCUUGUAAUUGUUGUUGUUUUCUCAGCUGCGCAAAUUUUUUUGUA